AUGCUUGCAUUGGACGAAUACUGCCAACGGGCUUCCUUUGUACGAGUGUUGGCGGUCUGUCUGCUCUUCCCAUUAGGCCCUUUGGUCAUUGUGGCCCUGACGGAGUGCAUGCCAUUGCAACCGGUGGAAAAGGGUCCAUUUGCCAACUACGUUUUCUGGAUCCGCCACACUUUCAUGGGGACCCUUUUGGUCGUUUGCGCUAUGGUGCAGGCAAAGUCGUGGAUUCCAGACAUUUCAAUGACACUGAAGCAGGUAAUUAUGGUGGCGAUCGGUAGUGCGUUGGUAUACACGGCAGCGUGCAUCGCUAUCGCCGAUCUCUGGGUGUUCCCCAUACCAUUUCUUGUAGUGGGGGGAGCCCCAUUAAUGUUUGCGAUCUGGGCGACCGCAACUCGACUAGUGCUGGGGUCUCGUCCGUUAGAUGGCGUUCAGGACGGGGAAUUCCUUGGUCACCAAUUUUUAUUGAUAACUUCCGUCCACGCCUCCCUGCUGGGCAUCUACCCAGCCUACCAAGCUGUGUUUCUCGCGUUGGACCCGUGGAUGCAGUUAGGAAUGGUCGCGCUGCUCCAAGGGAUUAACCUUGCGUUGAAGAACGUUCAGACGGCGCUGGGAUCGCACUUGGAGGAUAAUUUACCAGAGGUCAUCACCUUCAGCGUCGAUGUCUUUAGCGCCAUUUACUCGGUGCUCUGCAUGCACAGCGCGAACUCGAUGAAGAUGGUCGGACUCACGCUGGCGUUGAAUACGUCGGUCUUGCUGCUGUCCCUGCAUGGGAUGAGCCGUCGGUCUCGGGCCGCCCGCUCUAGUCGCACAUUUCUACAACAUCAGAAGCUUCGCAGACCUGACGACGGCCCCGCUCAGCUGACCACGCUGGUCGGUACGACGCUCAGGCUGCUCCAAGCUCCAGAGCAACUGGAUUUGGUCGAAGUGCGAUCGACUCGGCUACUGUCAGGGUUGCCGCAGAAGCUUUCGAACUACAACAAGGGGGUAUUAAACUUGCUGGCAACUAGGAGCGUGUACAGCAACAGUCGCCGAGUAUCAGAGACUGUCUCCGUAGCCGAGAUAAAGGAGAAAUACUCUUCCGCAGCGAUGGAAGGGCGGUCUCUUAGUGAUCUCCAUCUCCCAGCCCCACCGACCCGAUUAAAGAACAAUCCAAGACUGCGUGGAGUCUUCUUGGUCGUUCAAGCAACUCGGUGGUUGGAGACAGACGAUUUUUCAGGGGACAUCGUUGCUGCACGGAUUUGUCCAGCUGUCACGAAUAGCAACGCCGUUAUCACCGCGGUACUGGAGGAAACGCAGAAGCAGAAUACGCGAGCGGUCAAGCAAGCGCUGCAGCUUCUAUUCAGUAAUGAGCAUCUCGGACUCAGCGCGUACACACAGGCGGUGAUUCCCGUGCUCUACCUCUGCUACAUGCCCGUGCUGCAGGCACUACCCAACCACGUCUACUACCCUACGCACUACCGCUACUUUGGAGACGCAAAGGAGUUCAACGAGAGAAUGACAGUGAUCGGGACUCUGGCGAUGUUGCAAUUCGCUGGAUUAACGGCGCUGCAAGUGUUCGUGUCCAAGCGGUUCGGCGUCUCCACCAUUUACCAAGCGGCUUUUGUGUUGGAGACUCAGUUCGUUUUCCUACAGGGGAGACUCCUCAUCUGGCUCAUCUUCGCCGUACAGUCCACUCUUGUGCACUAUGGUACGCUUCAUUCCCAACUUCUACCUCAUUGA